CACAAACACGCUCAUUUUCAGACCAACUCGAACCUUCACUUCAUCUCCAGAAAAAUUGCCUAACAAAAAAAAAAAAAAUGCAGUUCACUACUUUCACCCUCUUUACCUUCGCCGCCUUCGCCGCCGCUGGUACUAUCCAUGGACGUGGAAGUGCGGAAGACGCCGCUAUCAGGGAUUUUACGGAGAAGUGCAAAAGUCAAGGUCAGACCGUGAUCUGCUGCAACAAGACUGACGGCGGCGCUUCCAAAGGCGAGUUGACCGGAAAUAUUGGCGGCGUCGAGGUCUGUUGCAAUAAGGUUCCUUCUUAUGUUUUGGCUGGAAACCAGGCCCAGACCCGGGCUCAGUGUGGUGGUGGGCUUGGUUGCUGUACCGAUGAUGCUAUUCGGGCAGGAGUUGUCGAUUCCAAUUCUGGGUGUUCUGUUUUCGUUGUCUAGGCUAAUUGCCAGUUCACCACUACGUACGCUUAGGAUGCACGGUGCAGGAGUGGGCGUUAAAACAGAGGAUGUGGAACCUUGGGGGGAAUAUUUGUUCUAUAUCAGUAUUCUUAGUCCGGCAUAUUUAGUAAUUCACCUCAGUUUC